AUGAGCAGCCUUAACUUCGAUUCUGAUGUUCCUCUUCACUAUGGAUCCUCAGAUGGCGAUGAGAGUUUUGGCGCUUCAGCCUCCGAAGAUGCAGCCGCCGACGGUGGCGCAACUUCUGCUCCAGCUGAACCAGCUGGCGAACCUGCAGCAAAUGGUCCUCAAGGUCUAGGCCUCGUGGUUCACGUGGCUCUGGUGCUUCAAGGGCCUCGAGACGAAGCCAGCCUCGUGGUGGACCGAAGUGGAGGUCGUAGGGCCUGGCACACCACUGUGGAUGAAGAGGUGACUGAGUAUGACCAGACCGAGACGUUUGAGUAUGAGGCCUGGGAAGCAGAUGCCAAAACUGUAGUUGAGCCCGAAGCUGAGUACGAUGAUGUCGUCUAUGAUGAGGAGGACGACAACUAUGAAACAACUGGACAAGAGCCAGCUGCCGAAGAAGGUGCUGAUGCUGGUGCCCAUGACACCACUGCCGACAGUUUGUCUGCAGUUGUGGAAGCCUUGACGGUGACCAGCAAGAGACUUGCCGAGCUGACUAAGUCACGUGGCUAUUACCAGGACAAAGGCAAGGGCAAGCCUGGUGGUGGCAAGCCUUCCAAAGGAAAGGGCAAGGGCAAGUCGAAAGACACCAAGGGCAAGAGCAAAGGCAAAGGAAAAGGAAAGCCAAGUCCUACACCCAGCAAGGGUAACUUGGCUCACCAGAAGAAGGCUCUAGACGAGUCUUUGUGCUUGGGCUGCCUAUCUCCUGGACAUUGGCUUCGAGAUUGUCCACAUGCCAACACCUACACAGCCCAGUUGACAUCGGCUGGCAGUGUGUUGGAUGCCGAAGGCAACAUUGUGGACCACUCAAGCUGGAUGGUCACCUGCACACCAUCCGUUUGA